AUGGAUCCCGCAACAUGCUCCCUGGAGACUUGCUCCAUCGAGGAUGCAUAUAUUCACUAUCAACCUUCGAUCCCCGGCAACACGAUCUACAUUACCCUCUUCGGGACUCUUCUCAUAGUUCAGGCCGUCCAACUUCCGCUGUAUCGCAUGUGGGGGUUCUCCCUGUCGAUGAUCGCUGGUCUAUUUCUCGAAGUCCUAGGAUAUUCCGCGCGGAUUCUGUUCCACAAUAACCCCUUCAACUUCGAUUGGUUUCUCAUGAAUCUCAUCAGUCUCACUCUCGGACCCGUUUUCUUCUGCGCCGCCCUCUACUUCCUCCUCGGUCGGACCGUGGUUGUAUACAAUGGCGAAGACAUCUCGCGUGUGAAGCCUAGGAUGUAUGCCAUCUUCUUCAUCUCGUGCGAUACGAUCGCGCUGGCAAUGCAGAGUGCUGGAGGUGCCAUCACUUCGGCAGCCGAAGGUGCAGAUAUGCGAACAACUGGGACAAACGUCAUGAUCGCUGGGUUGGCAUUUCAGGUAGCCGUUCUGACAUUGUUCAUCUACCUGGGAUCCGAGUUUGCCUUCCGCUUGCGCCGUCGGACACGGAAGGCAGAGCGGACUGGGAGCAGUGACUCUGAGAAUAGAAAGGAUGACGGGUAUGCGGCCAUCCGCGAGAGACGGCGGUGGAAAGUCUGGAUCUUCACCCUCGCUCUCUCAACACUCUUGGUCUAUAUCCGAUCUAUCUUUCGUGUUGUCGAACUCAAUGGAGGAUACGACAGCGAGUUGGCCAACGACGAGGUCGCUUUUAUGGUAUUGGAGGGAGCGAUGAUUUCAAUCAUGUGCAUUUGCAUGACUGCGAUCCAUCCUGGAUUUGCAUUGCAGCGGCGGGGAUACAAGCGAGAUAGCAAUGUGGAGUUGUUGGAGAGGAUGCCCUGA